AUGUGGAUUUGUUUGUCGGUUUUGCUCCUUUUGGGACUUUCCCAAGCUGAAUCUCCGCCUGAUCCGACAUUAGAUAGAUUUUUGAAUGAAACCAAUCAACAGCUUGCCGUUAUCUAUGAUCAGGCUGUUUUGGCUCAGUUGUUGAAGGAGUUGCGUGGUCCCAACGAUUUAGUGGCUCUCCUGGAGAUUGAGGUCACCGAUGACAAACUUUUAAAGUAUGUAAGGACCUUAACUACACGUAAGGCUAAGUUCAAGCGUUUGGGAUUGGGAAACUCCAGCCAGCGGAGGUUGCUAUUGAAGUUUCCCCAAUUGGGCUAUGAGGCUCUGGGUGACAGAGAUUUGGAACGCGUCUACGCAUUGGCCUCCAAUAUGAGCGAUAAUUACCACAAUGUCAAGCUGUGUGCUUACAAACAACCAGAGAAUUGCACUCUAAGACUCAUACCAGAGGUGCAAUCUAUAGUUCAAGAAAGCCGAGAUCUAGACGAGAUCGAAUAUUACUGGUUUGAGUGGCGAAGGCGCACUGGCUUAGCCACAAAGUCUCAGUUUGUGGCUUUUAUGGAUCUGUAUAAGAAGACAGCGAAGUUGAAUGGAUAUUCUCGUGCAGAGGAUUACUGGUUUCGAUCUUUGGAACUGGAUGGUCAAGAGACCAUGUCUUUGCUAGAUAAAAUAAUGCAUGGCUUGAGAUCUUUGUUUCUUCAGUUUCAUGCUCAUGUCAGGGGUUCUUUGAGAAAGAUGCAUGGGGAAGUUUUGGUGCCUAGGAACCGACCCUAUCCCCAGCAUUUGGCAGAAGUCUUUAUUGGUAAUGCGUUUAGGAGAGUACAGGCUGAGUGGUAUGUGGAUCUACCUUCGCCGGAAACGGGAUUAGCCAAUAUUACCCAGGAGCUGCAUCGUCGGGGGCUAAGCACUACUCAAAGGGUUUUCUGGAAUGUGGCUGAGUACUUCAGAGCUCUGGGUCUUCCCCAAUUGGAGAAUUCCAUUUGGACAUAUGCCCAAAAAGUGUCCUCCGAUGACGACGACAAGUGUUGGCAUAAGGCCUGGCGGUAUUAUGCCCUGCCCAGAACCAACUUUACCUACUGUCCACUUAAUGAUGAGGAACGUUUCUUCAAUAUGUUUGAGGCUCAGGCGGAUUUAUAUUACUACCGAGCUGCCUCAAUUCAGCCAACUUUACUUCAAGAAGAGCCCUUUCCCAAUUUCAGUGAUGCCAUUGGAAAAUGUUUCUCCAUGGCAGCCAGUUCGCCGCGUUUCCUCCGAAAACUUGGCCUCCUGAAGGAUGGAAAGUGGAAAGAGUUACCAGCUCGGUUGAAUCGCCUGUAUGUUCAGGGCUUAAGGGUUGUGUUCUUGCUUCCUGUUUUUUAUGUCCUGGAUCGUUAUCGAGUCGAAGUCCUGGCAGGUCAUAUCAAUGCGGAUGACAAUGAGGCCUAUUGGCGAUUCACAGAGCACUAUACAGGGGCAACAGCUCCCACGAAGAGGACCAAUGAGCAGUUUGAUGUGCCAGCCAAGCUGCUUAUGGAAGUGGAUGAUCAGUAUGCCAGCCACUUUCUGAGCAUUGUUCUGCAGUUCCAAAUGUUGAAACAUUUUUGCACAAAAACUGGACAGUUUGAAAGUGGUAAUCCCAGGAAACCUUUGGAUUUAUGCGAUUUAUCGGAUCAGCGAGGCCUAGGAGAGAUUCUUCAAAAGGGCAUGUCCCUCGGCUCCUCAGUUCACUACAGAGAAGUUCUGCAGGAACUUGUUAAUGAGCCGGAGAUCAGCAUAGAUGGCUUGCUGACCUAUUUUAAGCCUUUACAAGAUUGGCUACAACAACAGAAUCAACAUAAUAACCUGGAAGUAGGUUGGACAUAA